UAUCUUUGGUUUACGCGAUGUGCAGUACGCACCACUUAAAAGGCGCCACUGUAAUUCCUCCAUCUCAGAUUCAAUCAAUGGCGGCCUCUAUGUCUGCGCCUCUCUCUUCUCUCUGCUUUCCCCAAAACGGUUCGUCGAGCCAUCGCUUUGCCUUUGCGGACUGUGCUUCGAAGAGAUUGAGGUUCUCUUAUUAUUCUCCAUGCUAUCUCGGAUUAACCGCAAUGAAGGAGAAGAAUCAGAGACUUAUAGCUGCAGUUUGCAAAGCUGCCUCUCCUCUCGUGUUUCGCGACCUCGAUGCCGAUGAUUUCCGGCAUCCUCUCGAUAAGCAGAACACGUUGAUCUUGAGAGCGAUUCCAGGCUUGAACGAACUUGGCAAAGCUUUACUAGGAUCAAUAACAGAGCAGAUCAUGCUACUAGAAAAUAUUGGUAGCUCUGUUCUAGUUUCGGAAAACCAGCUUUCUGAUCUUCAUCAUUUAUUGAUUGAGGCGGCAGAAAUCUUGAACAUUGAUGCUCCUGAUUUAUAUGUUCGUCAAAGUCCCGUUCCAAAUGCGUAUACACUAGCAAUAAGUGGUAAAAAACCAUUUAUAGUUGUUCAUACUAGUCUCAUUGAGCUUCUGACGCGAAAGGAACUGCAGGCUGUUUUGGCACAUGAGUUGGGUCAUCUGAAAUGUGAUCAUGGAGUAUGGCUCACAUUUGCAAAUAUUCUUACCAUUGGAGCUUACACUGUACCUGGACUUGGUGGGUUGAUUGCUCAGAGCUUGGAAGAACAGUUAUACCGUUGGCUUCGAGCAGCAGAGCUAACAUGUGAUCGAGCAGCACUUCUUGUUGCCCAAGAUCCUAAGGUGGUCAUCUCUGUUUUGAUGAAAUUAGCUGGGGGCUGUUCGUCUAUUGCCGAUCAACUAAAUGUAGAUGCAUUUCUGGAGCAGGCUCGAGCUUAUGAUAAAGCUUCUUCAAGUGGGAUGGGUUGGUAUAUUAGAAAUGCUCAAAUGAGACAGCUUUCACACCCCUUGCCUGUUCUCCGUGCUCGUGAGAUUGAUGAAUGGUCAAGAAGUCUGGACUACAGAAAUCUUCUCAAACAUGCAAUGCAGAUGAGUGCUGAAAAGAAAUAUUAGCAUUUUACUUGGAAUAAAACGAAAAAAGAAAAUCGAAGGAUUAUACAGUUUCAGAUCAACUGCACCUAUGCCAUCAGACACUUCUCCAAUGCAGAUUCUGGGUCAGGUGAAUUCUGUUGAGGUUUGCUCGGAUUGCCUUCUUACAUAUUUUGUUCCGCUAGAUACUAGAUAUUAGGUAUUGAUACUACAGAACAUUCAUAUAUACAUUGUAAAUUUACAAACAGCGGGCUACACGAAAUUUAGGACAGGAAGGUUUUGUCUUGUAUAAUCACAUUAUUGCAUUGUUCUAAAAACAUGGUCUACCAAAUACACAAAUGUAUUUAUGCUGCCCAGAUAAACUUCUCUGUUGCGCUCAACAUAGUCGGAAGUGGAGAAACAGUCAUGGUGAUUCA